UUGAGGGUUCAAGUGGGUUGAGUUGUCCCUUUUCUUUCAAGCCCAUGGCAGAAUCUCUUCUGUCUUAACCUUCAAACAACAGCCUCUCACCAGCUUAGCACAUACACCUCUCUUUCCAUGAACUUGUACUGGAGUAAAAGCAAAGAAAAUUGAGGUCUAUCCAUCAUCAUCAAAUAGUGCCCCGUCUUACACAAUAUUCGCAACCCAUAUUCUGAUUCACUUCUCAUCAACACCAUCAUGGAUCCUCAGACUCCUUCCCCUCCCAGUGAGAAGCCAACCGGCACAGAUCACCACUUGAAAGCCACCAUCGACACUUCUCGGCCUUUCAGCUCUGUCAAAGAAGCAGUGGCCAUAUUCGGCGAAAAGCUUCUGACCGGAGAGCUCUACUGGUCACCAAAGCCUUCCACUGGCACUGCCAGCAGUACUCCAAGGCAAGAGUACUAUUACUCACCAUGGAAACUCUGUCCAAGUCCCACGAAAAGUAAUAAUCAAGAACAAGAAGAAGCCCUAGUGGAUACUGUAAAGAGACUUGAGGCUGAGCUUGAAGAGACAAAAAUAGAGCUGAAGGUGCUGAAGAAGAAAGAGUCUGAGACCGAGGUGGCUUUAGCCUCACUGAAUGCUGAGCUUCACAAGAACAUGUCAAAGAUAGCACAGGCUGAGGCAGCGGCAGCAGCAAAAGCAGUGGCAGUGAGAACAAGCAGCUUGGGGGAAGAAGAGAAAAAGAGGGGUUUGGUAGUGAGAAUGGAGGAUUCACCAACUCUGGCUCGUAUUCUGGAUAUUGGAGAAGAAGAGGAUAGGCGCCUGUUCGGAGGAAGAAAGGAGAGGACCAUGAAGAUAAGGAAGAAGAAGCCUAUUGUUCCUCUUGUCACAGACUUGUUUUCAAGGAAAAAGGAUCAAUCUCCUGCUAGUAUCCAUAGCUCUCUCUUUUCAUCUACCCAUGUGUUUCUUUGAGAAAAUUUGGACACUCGCCUAUAUAUUUCAAUAUUUGUAAGAGUUCGUGCAUGCCACUUGUGAACAGGGCCAAGAAACAUGAUAUUCAGUUUUCGACAACGAUUUCAUAUUUCAAGCUUGCUUUUGUUUCAUUUUCGUCUUUUUUAUGGAAUCAUAUGCCCGAACAUGUUCGUAUAUAUAAUUAUGUAUUUGGUUUUGUCUGGAACGUUUGUUUUUGUUUAAAGUUUUGAAAGCAUGCAUGGAGACUAAUUAUCACGUGA